AUGUCGGGACCAGCACCGAAGUCAGACUUUCCCCCAAUUCGAGCAUGUCUGUUUGACAUGGACGGCCUCCUCCUGGACUCGGAGGACAAGUACACCAUCUGUACCAAUACUGUCUUGCAAAAAUACGGCCGCCCUCCCCUCCCAUGGUCGAUUAAAGCCCAACUCCAAGGACGACCUGGCCCAGCCGCGUCUAAGAUUCUUCACGAAUGGGCACAACUGCCCGUCUCCCAAGAAGUAUUCUACGCUGAAACGAAAGACUUACAAAAGAUACACUUCCCCGACAGCAAACCGUUACCUGGCGUCGAGAAGCUCUUGGGCGAUUUAGCGACUGCUAAAGUGAAGGGAGAGAAAGCUGGAAAAGUACAUAUUGCUUUGGCGACCAGCAGUCACGAAGCGAACUUCAAGUUGAAGACGAGUCAUUUGGAGGAGCUGUUUACGGUGUUCUCUUCUGACCGGAGAGUUUUGGGAGAUGAUCAACGGAUAGCGGAGGGGAGAGGGAAGCCUUCUCCAGAUAUCUAUCUCCUUGCUUUGCAGACUAUAAAUUCCAGUCUUGAGCCAGGAGAAGAGGAGAUUCGACCAGAAGAAUGCUUGGUAUUUGAAGAUAGCGUUCCAGGUGUGGAGGCUGGUCGAAGAGCUGGGAUGCGAGUGAUAUGGUGUCCGCAUCCAGAGUUAAGGAAAGAAUAUACGGGUAAAGAGGAAGAGGUUCUAGCGGGACGGACUGGUAGCGGUGGGGAAGUGGACAUGCACUUAGUCGGAGAAAUCAAGGAUGGGUGGGGAGAGCAUUUGGAUAGUUUGAUGGAUUUUCCUUAUGCAAAAUAUGGCAUACUGGUUCAAGGAUAA